GGUUAUUAUGGGUUUGAUCUUAUAGGCUAAAUACAUCAAUGGGUUUGCAGGGUUGCACCUAGUAUACAUAUGGUAUGCACUUUGCACCAGUUUGCACAAAAUGGCCAAAUAUUAGCUAACCUUGAGUGGCUGUUGUGUUUUAACGUUAUUAAGCUGUUGUUACCACUACAAAGAGGGACUGAGGGAGAUAUUGUACUUUACUCGUUUACUAGUUAGGUUACUUUGUAGGCUUGAUUCAGAUUGAUAAUACAGUUAGGCCAACAUAAAAUCAGAAUUAGCCCCACCAUUACCUGCAACAUUUAAGUAUCUAUAAUCAAUUAUUCAAUUAAACUACUGCUAUUACGGCUAUCUAGGCAACCAAUAAAUCACUUUCGGAAAGGUGAUCUGUGACUGUUUCCAGGUGAGGAGGAGCCAAAAUACAGAGACAUCUCCGGAUGUGGGAACACACGUCUUGACAGGCCAAAAUGGAAGAGGAGUUGAGUUUUCAUCGUGGGGAAGUUAUAAGGGAAAAAUAAUUGGAGUAUGCGAAAACGGGGCAAAGAGAUGGCACAAGAAGAACCGCUGUAUGAUUUCCCGGAGCCCACCCAGCCGUCAGAGCGCAAGGGGCAUCAAAGAGGACAGGGCUCUCUGAGAAGCAUCAGCGUAUUGGACCGUCUCCUGCUCACAGUUCCUGUCUGGCUUCAGCUGUCCAUCAACCCUGCCACCGCACUGCACAUACUGCAGAGGGAGCCUCCUGGGGUCAGAGCCACAUACACAAACUAGAGAAAAGUACACCAUAUGUUGCCUGUGUAAUAAUUUAACAGGAGUUUCUAUAGUGCAGGCUUCAACGUUGCAACAUGAGUUUACAGUUCAGAAAAACACAUGACAUAUCAUUUGAUAUACUUAGAAUAUUUUUUUUACAAGCACGUCACACAGAGAGACAAUGCUUAUGGUCACCAGCAUCUCUGCUGUGAGUCGAGAAAUUCGUCCAUUGGCUCUUCUCAAAAUAUAUCUUAUAUCACCUCAGAUCUACCAAUUACAAGCCCAUAGUUUAAAGGUUAAGUGUCAAUAUACAUCUUCAUUUUUUUCUAACCUAGACUUAUAUUAAUUCCUUGUGAUUGGAAAAAUGGUUAUACUUACAUAAUCACACACACACACACAAUAUACCUCUCUUGCUUUCUCUUUCCAUGUCCAACGCACUCACACAUUCACUCAGUAAUCACUUGUGUUGUCCUGCAGACCUUCUUGGUGCGUAAGUCUCGCACGUCCAAGAAAGACGUGCUGUGUGUCCGCUUGGCAGAUGACAGCUUGCCAUCCUUUGUUCAGCAGUUUGGCAUCCGGCAGGAACACUGCACUCUGUCUCUGGAGACCUCAGCCAUCAGCUUCCCAGAUCUCCCACGACUCAUUUCCUUCUACUGUGUCAGCAGAAUUCUGGAAUUCCCAUCUAAACAUCCGUGGGCCACGGGUGGCCCCUAAGCCCCAGAAGGACAAAGAGAAGAAGCCAGACGCUGUAAAUUCAGUCCCGCCUGCUGCUGCCCCACAGACGAGCUCGGCAGCUCAGUCGGAUUCAGUUCCCCAGCCCGACUCAGACAACCAGCUCAAGACAGCACCUAAAUCAGACGCCGCCACCAAACAAUCAGGUUCCAAUCCCACCCUGUUCCAUGAGUUUUGUCCAAUCACUACACGCAGCCCCGGAGAGCUGGACUAUGGCUCCGGCCAGGGCGCUCUCUGUUUCAUCAACCCUCUUUUCUUGCAGUCCCAGAACGCUUUCUCCAGACGACGCAUGUUCAAACACAGUCUCAAGGUUCGGAUUUCCACAGAGUCAGCCACCCUGCUUUCGCCCCCACUCGCUCCUCCACCUCCACCACCUCUAAUGCCUAAAACCAAACGACAAUGUAAAGCUCAGAAACAGGCACAAGGAACCGUCCAUCCCUUGAAAGGUCUUUUACAUGAUGAGAACCCAAGUCAGAACACCCCCAGUGAGGCCCAAGUUCAGCCUCCGUCAGUAACUCCUCACCUCCAGCCUAAGAUGCAGGAGCAGGGCCAAACACAAAUGGAACCAGGCCAAAGGGAAGCUGGAAUCAGGGGGGGUACAACUCAGCUACCAACAGUCAUGGAGAAUCUUCCAUACGACUCAGACUACAUGCAGCCGUCUCCAAUGAUCAAUUUCUCCCAUUCUCCCUCACUCCCUCCUUACCUCUCCCCAUCGGUUUCUCCCAAGGCGCCUCCCCUUUUCCCCAAAGUAUCUCCAUCCCUCUUUCCUCAUGACUCUCCCGGUGCUUCCCCCCACGUCUCGCCUCAUCAUUCCCCAUCUCUUUCUCCCAAGGCUCCCUUUUCCCUCUCUCCAUAUGACUCACCCAGCGCUUCACCCUCUCUUUCACCUUACCAGUCCCCAUCUCCUUCUCCACAGGUCCCCUUCGCUCUCUCUCCCUUCACCUCUCCAUCCUUCCCUCAGCUGGCAAAGCAAGCCUGUCAUACACCUGCUACUCCUUCAGAGCCAGAGCAGCAAAGAUCAGAUAGAGUGGCUGAGGAGGAGGGAGCAGGUGCUGAGGAAAGUAAGGAUGAAGAUGAUGAGACAAAUGAGGAACUGCACACAAAGAGGGAAGAGGAGGAUCUGGUUUUACAGAUGACUGCUGCUUCUCUAAAUGACACAGACAGCUGCAGUUCCUUCAGCAGUCUUGAGGGAGCAGCAGAGACUCCACCUCACUCACCCCACAAACUGGACAAUGGUACAAGCCUCUAGCGAACAACUGAAUUAAAUUAUCAAAGUAUCGUGUAGAAUUCUUUAAAUAUUAAAUGACAAUUCUAGUAGUUUUGUAUGUUUUAACCGCAAAUUGUGUAAACUUCUUAUUAUGCUCUAUCACCAAUAAUUUCUAAAACCAAAAAUGUUCAGUAUUUUGUGAAAAUUAAAUUAAGAAAUUUCAGACUUGAAACUUUAUUGGGUAAGGUAGUCCAUAACCGUUAACCUUAAGUUUUUGCAACAGAGGUACAAAUAAAUGACAUCAAAACUAUUAACUAUUAUUCUGACAUGUACUGUAAUGCUUAAAAGCAACAAUUUAACUGUAGAAACAGGAUCAUUCACAUAAUCCUAUUAAAUGAACAUUAAAUAUGAAGAUGUGAAUGAUCCUGUUGUUUCUAUAGUUACAUUGUUGCUGUUCAGCAUUAGAUGUCAAUAAUUCUUCAACUAUGUAUUUGUCUCAUUUUACUAAAGGUCCU